GGAGGCCCCGAGACACCGAAGCCCAAGGCCCUGACGCGCGUGAAGCAGGCGAAGCCCCUCGGGCGGACGAUGAGCAUGGAGGAGCGGGACAAUUUCCUGCAGCACAUGCAGCAGAACGCGAAGGCGGGGGCGCAGGUGUUUACGAUGCCGCGGGAGCUGCUCGAGGACUCGGUGAAGCAGGCGCAGAAGGUUGGCUUUCACGCCGCGUCGUUCUGGCGCGAGGAUGA